AUGGUUUUAGAGUGGUCAAGAAAAGGGACAAAGAACAUGGACUUAACCCUCUUUUUACUUCUACUCUUUUUACUAUUGCCUGCUAUCUCUUCUUCCAUAUAUGUUGGGAACAAUAUCUUGUUCAAUCAUCGCAAGAUAUUCCCCAAACAACAAGAACUUACUUCCUACGCUGUGAUCUUUGAUGCCGGUAGCACUGGUAGCCGUGUGCAUGUUUUUCAUUUCGACCAGAACUUAGAUCUUCUUCACAUAGGCAACGAGAUUGAGUUUUAUGAUAAGGUGACACCUGGUUUGAGUGCAUAUGCGGAUCAUCCUGAAAAUGCAGCAAAAUCUCUGCUUCCACUUUUGGAGGAAGCUGAAAGUGUUGUCCCUGAGAACCUCUACCCCACCACACCUGUUAAACUUGGUGCGACUGCAGGUCUAAGGCUUUUGGAUGGGGAUGCUUCUGAAAGGAUAUUGCAAGCGGUUAGGGAUUUNCUCAAGAACAGAAGUACCUUCAGCGUUCAACCAGAUGCUGUAGCUAUAAUUGAUGGAACCCAAGAAGGUUCUUAUCUAUGGGUGACAGUAAACUAUUUACUAGGGAAUUUGGGGAAGAAUUUUUCAAAGACAGUGGGAGUAGUUGAUCUUGGAGGUGGAUCAGUUCAAAUGGCAUAUGCUGUCUCAAAGAACACAGCAAACAAUGCUCCACAACCACCAGAAGGAGAGGAACCUUACAUAAAGAAACUUGUCCUCAAGGGAAAGAAAUAUGACCUCUAUGUUCACAGUUACUUGCGCUAUGGUAGAGAGGCAUUUCGUGCUGAGGUUUUGAAGGUCACUGAUGGUUCUGCUAACCCUUGUAUUUUAUAUGGCUUUGAUGGGACCUACACAUAUUCUGGAGAAGACUAUAAGGCCUUUGCUCCCAUUUCUGGGUCCAACUACCAUAAAUGCAGAAAGAUAGUUCUUCAAGCUCUCAAAGUGAACCAGUUUUGCCCCCACAGAAAUUGUAGUUUUGGAGGGAUAUGGGAUGGUGGAAAGGGAAGUGGACAAAACAUUCUUUUCGGCACUUCAUCUUUCUAUUAUCUGCCGUCGGAGAUUGGUAUUUUUAAUCCAAAUAAACCCAAGUCCAAGAUUCAUCCUUUGGAUUUGAAGACUGAAGCAAAGAGAGCUUGUAAAACAACAUUUGAGGAUGCCAAAUACACUUAUCCACUUCUUUCAGCUGAUAAACUUCCAUAUGUAUGCUUGGACCUUACAUACCAGUAUGCAUUGUUUACUGAUGGAUUUGGCUUAGAUCCAUUGCAAGAGAUCACAGUGGCAAAUCAAAUUGAAUAUCAGGAUGCACUUGUGGAAGCAGCGUGGCCUUUAGGCACUGCCAUAGAAGCCAUAUCUUCAUUGCCUAAAUUUGAUCCAUUCAUGUAUUUUAUUUAAGCUUCUGCUGCCAUAUUUUAGUGCUAUAGGGCACUAUCAAAACCUACUGAAUAAAAUAUUAAAACUU